ACUGCGGUUCCGGCCGGUAUGUACUCCACCCCCCUAAAAUCAAAAUACAAAGUUACAUGCAACCGAAAAUAAUCGUAUCGUUUUUGAGAAAAUGCCAAAUCCACCUCUUCGGCAUCACCAAUUACUACCACGCACAUUUCGGCUGAGCCAGCAGCAGAAAAGGUCAUUGAUUUGAUCACCUUCAACAGUUUAUGAACGCCAUACCGAUCUGUUGUUUCACCCGCUCUACACUGAACACAAUAAUAUUUAAUAUACUUCAGUUUUUGAUUGAACUGCAUUUGGAGGUUGACUCAAUCAAGAUGGACGAAGAGCCAGAGAGAGCCAAGCGUUGGGAGGGAGGUUAUGAGCGAACAUGGGAGAUCUUGAAGGAGGACGAGUCUGGAUCUCUCAAAGCCACUGUAGAGGAAAUCCUUUUCCAGGCCAAAAGGAAAAGGGUGUUUGAGAGUCAUGGACAAGUUCGGCUUGGGAUGAUGCGUCACCUGUACGUGGUAAUUGACACCUCUAGAACCAUGGAAGACCAGGACCUGAAACCCAAUCGCCUCACCUCUACACUCAAGCUGGUGGAAUAUUUUGUCGAGGAAUACUUUGACCAGAACCCCAUCAGUCAGGUGGGCAUCAUCACCACAAAGAACAAGAGAGCGGAGAAGCUGACUGACCUGGCAGGGAACCCAAAGAAGCACAUUGAUGCCCUGAAGAAAGCAAAGGACUCUACGUGUGGAGGAGAACCCUCUCUAUAUAACUCCCUCAGCCUGGCCAUGCAGACUCUCAAACACAUGCCAGGCCACAGCAGCAGAGAAGUCCUCAUCAUCUUCAGUAGUCUCACCACAUGUGACCCAGCUAACAUCUACGAGCUGGUCAAGACUCUGAAGGCUCUGAAGAUCCGUGUGUCUGUGAUUGGCCUGUCAGCCGAGGUGCGUGUCUGCACGGUGCUCACCAGAGAGACCGGGGGGUCGUACCAUGUGAUCCUGGAUGAGAGCCACUUCAGGGAGCUGCUGAUGUUUCAUGUGAAGCCUCCUCCUGCUACCUCCUCCUCCGAGUGUUCCCUCAUACGCAUGGGUUUCCCCCAGCACACCAUAGCCUCUAUAUCAGACCAGGAUGCCAAGCCUUCUUUCAGCCAGGCCCACCUGGACAGCACUAGUGGUGGUCCCGGUCUGUCUAUGGGAGGGUACUUCUGUCCACAGUGCCAGGCCAAGUACACGGAGCUACCUGUCGAGUGUAAAGUCUGUGGGCUGACACUAGUCUCCGCUCCUCACCUGGCCCGAUCCUUCCACCACCUCUUCCCCCUGGAGGCCUUCCAGGAGAGUCCUCUGCUGCUGCACCACACAGAGAGGUUCUGUGAAGCCUGCCAGGGGGAGCUGAAGGACAAGAGUGUGUUCAUAUGUCCGUCGUGUAACAGUGUGUUCUGCGUGGAGUGUGACCUGUUCAUCCACGACACGCUGCACUGCUGCCCCUCUUGCAUCCACAGCCGCAGUGCCCCCUGAGAUGCUCUGGUCAAAAGUAGAGGACGAUGUAGGACUUAUGGGAAACCUCAAGACAAGUGCCAAUAUACCUGCACACACUUUAAAGAUGUUUACUAAUUUGGAGGGCCUUCAGUGCUUUGGGCCCUUACGGAAUUUACCUCUGGAGUUGUGUUGCUAGGAAAUUUGGAAUUGACUUUGGCCGUAUUGCUUGGAGUUGAUCUUGGAGUUGUCCUGUAUCCAGGCUGACAUCUAAAGCUAGAGGACUGACUUUACCUCAAUGAUGGUUGGAUUGAGAUGGAACUGCUGAAACUCUGCGCAUCGAUAUCACCGGUUGGCUCUGGCAGCAGCAUAAAAUGGACCAAACCUUUUCAAUAAACUUCAGCUCUUUUGUAGAGA